AGGUUGAACCACAUCCUAUCAGAGUCGUUUAGGAUAAUUAUUUUCGCUGUGAAUGUGGUAUUGAAAGACGAAUAACUCAUGAUCCUGUUUUAGACGAGUUAUUCAUAUGGAGGACCUAAGUACAAACGUUAUAAAGUGUUGUUUUCCAAAAGACGUUCCGGAAAUGUAAUACGGUGGGUUAGUUGAGUUCGCGCUUACAGCACCGGUAGGAUUUGUACAAUUCUUAUAUUUUCCAUUUAUAUUUGUUUUGGUUGACGAAUCAAAAAAUUUCCUCUCUCUCUCUCUCUUUUGUUUUGUAAAUCUUACCCGAUAAUGCCGAAUUAUCCAUGUCGAGGUAUUCACGUGACAGCGAUAUAUAAAGUGGUGUUUUCCCGAAGCAGUUUCAUAAUAACUGCAUCGCUGGUCGCACCGGUUAAAAACAAGUAGCCUAGUGCGAUAUUGGAACGGCGUCGUACGGAAUAUGUCACAAGGAAUGAAGGCUGGUGUUAUCGAAGGCUGUCGAAUGCCUGUUCAGAGAGACCUGGAGGGUCAAUUUGAGUGGCAUCUGGCAGAAGUUCUCAGUAUUCGAGAUGUUAACAACAAAUUUGAAUAUUAUGUUCACUAUAUUGACUUUAAUAAAAGAUUGGAUGAGUGGGUUGCUGCAGAACGACUUGACAUGUCAAAGAUUCAAUUUCCAAAGAAAGAUACAAAAAUAGGAACCAAAAGAAGCAGUGACUCUGUCCAUAAUAGUCCUGAUAGGGAAAUUGUUGUUCAAAAUGGAACUGCGCAUCCUUCAAAAGUUACGGCAGCAAUUAAAAAGAUGCCAAAGAUAGGAAGAAAGAGAAAAGGACCUGAAAUGGGACCAGAAGAGGAAUCGCAAGAUUCAUCAGACAAUGCUCCAAGACAGACCGGGAGUAUGACAGUUCAUGUAAAAGAAGAUAAAAUAAGUCGAAUCAAAAAUAUCCAUUCCAUAGAGGUUGGUAAAUACAGAUUGAAACCUUGGUAUUUUUCACCUUAUCCUGUUGAAUUAACUACAUAUCCUGUUGUAUUCCUCUGUGAAUGGUGUUUGAAAUAUGUUAAAAGUUUGACGUGUCUUCAGAGACAUUUGACAAAAUGUCAGUUGAAAUAUCCACCAGGAAAUGAAAUUUACAGAAAAAGCAAUAUAUCAUUUUUUGAGAUUGAUGGGCGAAAAAACAAAUCCUACGCUCAAAAUUUGUGUCUUCUUGCGAAAUGUUUUCUUGAUCACAAAACACUGUAUUAUGAUACAGAUCCGUUUCUAUUUUACGUUAUGACGGAAUAUGACAGUAAAGGAUGUCACUUGGUAGGAUAUUUCUCUAAGGAAAAAGAGUCGACAGAAGAUUACAAUGUGGCUUGCAUUUUAACAUUACCACCACACCAGCGAAAGGGAUUUGGAAAGCUUCUGAUUGAAUUUAGUUAUGCACUUUCGAAAAUUGAAGGGAAAACAGGAACACCUGAAAAACCUUUGUCAGAUUUGGGAUUGUUAUCAUAUCGUUCUUAUUGGACCAAUGCUAUACUUGAUAUUGUUGUUAACAUGAAGCCUGAAAAUGGACAAGAUAGACCACAGAUAACAAUCAAUGAGAUUUGCGAGAAAACAAGUAUCAAGAAAGAAGAUGUUAUAUCAACACUUCAACAUUUAAAUUUGAUCAAUUAUUACAAAGGACAAUAUAUCAUAACUUUGUCAGAUGAAGUUAUCGAUGGCCAUAAGAGGGCAAUGACAAAACGUAAAAUGAGAAUUGAUCCCAAAUGUCUACAGUGGACACCUAAAGAUUGGAGUAAAAGAGGAAAGUGGUGAAUAAUGGAUCAUGAUCUGUCACAACUUGAUGUAAGAUUCACGAUGAUCUGUAGGAGAUGCCUUGCCAAAAGAUCAUUUUGUCUUGCUUUAUAAUGAUGACUAAAAGUGCACAUUUUACAGCACAAUUUUCGUUCUAAUUCUUUCUCAUAAACUAAUCAACAUUAUUCGUUUAAGUUUGCUUUUUCAAAAAUUUCAUUUUCAUGUAUGUGUUCUUCUACCCAUUUUUACUAAAUUAACGACCAGCUUGUGAUAUUACCUAGAUUCCGCAAACACAUGAAGCGAUAUCGUCCCAAUCUGUCAGCAACCUAAGCUAAACGUAAACGGAUAUGUGUAUUCAGGAUAUUAUAACAAACCCAUCGGCAACAUAGAAGCAUACAGACAAAUUGAAAAUGGGUUCCUAGAAGUUUCCCCUCUGUGGUUGGUUAACCGAUCACUAAUAAAAUAUAAUCACCUUAAACAGAA